CGCCCAUGGACGUUUCUGGGAGCGAGGAAGAGGAGAAAAACGACGAGGAAAUCGAUGUUUUGUCACCCAAUUUUAAUCCUUUAAAAGCAUUAUAUGCUUCAAAUGUAACCCUUCCAGUUGCGGAUGCUUCUAUUUUCAACAAUUUAGCUGAAUAUGAGCGUUUUAUGAGCAAAGAUGAAGAGGAGACGAAAGGACAAGAGCAAAAAUGUGCUCCGCCGUCAAGGCGUGCAUUGGAGCGGCGUCACUUAGAGCACAUGAGAGAAAAAGAGAAAGAGCUUCCAAGGAGUACAUACCAACAAAGAAAGAUGUUUCAGCUCAACGUCAUAUCUCGCAUGGAGAGUGAACAUACAAAGGAAUCGCCUUUAGAUCUUCUGAGGCAAUGUGUUGAGAAGCGAUGUAAAGUCCGGGUAUGCAUCCGUAGCUUCAAGGGGCUUCGUAGCAUCUGCAUUGGAUAUCUGGUGGCCUUUGACAAAAUCUGGAAUAUGGCUCUGACAGAUGUUGUUGAAAUCUACAAGAGGCCUUCAACUGGAAAGAGAUUCCAUCAUGAAGAGAAAGUCACAUACUCCAUGAUCAUGUCCAACUUGAAUCCUCCGCCCAAGAAACCAGACCCUCCCAAGCCUUCGGAGCAGGAACAGAAAGGCGCUGGUGGCAAGAAGCGCGCCAAGGAGUGCAAGUUCUGCCGCAUCAAGCACGAAGCUCUCAUGGAGCAGCGGGCUGCGAGUGAUUCCAGAGAUGCGGAGGCAUCUCAAGAUUGGUCCAAGAGCGAGAGCAGCAGUAGCGGGACUGAUGAGUACUCAAGCACAGAGGAGAGUGAAGGUGAUGGAGAGAAGGAGGUGGACAAAGUGAAAAUGGAGAAGGCAAGGAGAAGGCAGAAGACACCUAGAAGGCCGUCUAGAUUAUGUCCGAAUGGCCAUGAAAGACCAAGAACCCAAUCUCGGAGACCCCAAUCCUCCAGAUCUGAUGACAGUCGGUCUAGUAAGAAGGAUUUGACUGGUGCUAAUGUUGCUGCAGAAUCAACCUCAAAGACAUCUACCUCUUCUGUUGUCAAGAGAAUGGCUUCAGAAUCAUCAGACUCUUUAUGGACUGCAGCUUCGAGCUCAGGUCCUAGACUAGCAGAGGGAGCUGGGAUGAGUACAAAGGAGGGGGUAUCUGUCAAGGAAUCUGUUGCUACGGCUACUGCCUCCACUCAAGAAUCAAAAACAUCUUCCGCAAAGGCUAAGAACUCAUCAUCAUCAAAUCUGUCGGAUACUAGAAAGUCAGAUUUACUUCUUUCUAGAAUGACUACAUCAGCAACAAAUCAAGAAUCGUCUACGUUAUCAUCACAUACUUCAACAACAGCAUCAUCGACUUCAAAGACAUCCUCUACAUCAUCAUCAGUAUCAAAACAAACAUCAAAAUCGAGAACAUCAUCUGCACCAUCACGAUCAUCAUCAAGUAAAAAAUCAACUGCAUCAUCAUCUUUGUCACAAGCGUUUUCAAAGACUCUUACGAUUGGCAGAGAGCCUGUGAAACUCACAGACGUGAAGAGUCAGGAUGGUAAGGAGACAAAAACCAUGAAGGACGUCGUUCAUCUCGACCCAAAGACCGGAAAGCGUCUGAUUCAGCCGGAGGAGUUCAAGCGUCGUCAUGUCAACCAACUCUUCAUUCGCGGGGACCAGGUGGUCUUGGUCUCGGUAGACAGUGACAUGGUGGAGGUGGAUUUAAAGAAGGCUGCUGAAAAAUCGGAAGAGAAAUCGUCCGUUGAGGGCCGGAAGGGCGUUAAGCAAUCCCACGUAUCCUUUUCAUGGAGUUAGCACCUUUGUGCUCUCAGCAGGGGAAAUGAGUUUGUUCCAUUUUCAGGACUGCGCCAUGGCCAAGAUGGUUGUGCGACAUGUGCUCCGGCGACAAUUGUUCCGCUGUCAAUAUCCUACAUUAACUGGAUUCUGAACUUCAACCCUGGACCAAAUGCUAUACUUAACCAUAACUGUAACCCUACCCAACUUUAAACCCAGUUUCAACUCCAACUUCGACCCUUUAUUUUUGAUGAAAGAAAGCGUAGAGCAUUGUUGCCAGAGCAAACGGCAGAUUACCUGGAUAUCUCCCGGAAAUCAUGAAAUCUGUACUUCCAUGUAAACAAAAAAUGAUAUUAUAGUGUCUUUGUGUCCAUGGGUGACAUAGAUGAACUCUUGAUACAAGUAUGAAGGCAGUGCCUAAAACUGGUGAAAAAUUAGAUGAAAAUUGUUUGCUGAGUGCCAGAAGGAUGGUCAGCUAUUGCACUUUUAAUACAGGGAGUUAAUGCUCAUUGGGCUGUCUGCAGAGUCUAGUCCUCUGUUGAAACUUGAAAACCAGAAGGGUAUUAACUAUUAGCACUGUAAAUGGAAUUCACACCCUUGCGGCUCUCGGCAAACAAAUAUUAUUUGGGUUCAUUUUCAGGAAAGUGCCAUGACAAAUAAACAUGUUCAGGAAAUCAUGAGAACUGUACUCCCACAUUCCUUUAAAGAGAUUAUAAAGCUUAUUUGUACCCAUGGAUGAAGUAGAUGAACUUUCGAUACAAGUUGAUGUAUAUAUAGACAGUGCCUUCAAUAUGGGUCAAAAUCAGAUGAUAAAUUAUCAGCCAAGUGCAAGAAGGGUGAUAAGGAAUUUAACUUUAGUUUACAUGUAGUUAUGGCCUAUUAGGCUCUCUGCAGAUUGGUGAUAUGGGUCCAUUUGAGAAAGUGUGCUGUGGCAGAGAUACAUAUGUCCAGGAAAUCAUGAAAGCUGUUCUUCCAUUUAACAAAUGAGAUCAUAGAAUGUCUCUGUGUCCAGGAAUGAAAAAAGAUGAACUUCAGUUACAAGUACGAAGACCUUACCUUCACUGCUAUCGUAUCUCAGUGUUCAUGAUUAUGAUAUAGAAAUGAAUGUAUCAUUAAAUCAUGGUUGCAUGAGCUUUAGGAAAAGGCAUUUACAUUUAUAUGAAAAUAGGCUGAAAGAAAUUGCUGGGAUAUAGUUGAUUUUAGUGAAUAAUUUCAGUGUUUUAAUUAUGAAUAUGUGUUAUUUGAAACAAAUGGCGGAUGUCACAAGUACCUAUCAAAGGAAAAUGCAUCAGCAAAGCAGUUGCAAAGGUAUUUUAAAUCUAAUUUGAAAGUGAAAGCAAUUUUAAAGGGCGUUGCAGGGAUUUGCUUGGUGAAAAUCUCAGAAACUAGUGAAAGGGCCAAAAUGUUGUAAACAAUAAUAAUUGAAACUUUCCUAUAAGUAUGGUGGCAAGAUAUUUUCAAAUUUCAGUUUUGCAACUGGCAGUGUUUUAUUCAUCCCAUUUAUUGAGUACAAAAUGAGGGAUGCAGUUUUCACUCAUUGAGAGAAAAACAGUCUUUUUUACCGCAAAAGAAGUGGAUGCUAUACGAUAACACCAAAGGAAAACAAAAUUGUUACACUUUUACUUUAUUUUUUUGAAUUAAUUUUUAUUGGCAUCAAUAUAGCAAAGUAUAAAACAUUUUAGUGUUCCACAAAAAAUGGAUAUAUAUAUAAAACAUACCAUUGAACAUUCUGAAAUUAGUAUAUAUUUUCAUCAACACUGAUAAUUGUUAGAGAUGUGUAGGCUACAACUCUGGUUUGUUGAUCCAAGUGUACUUCUAGCAGAUAUAUUUUUUUUUCAAAUUUUCUGAAUUAUGAUUGUAAACAACUUCAUGUUUAUGUUCCAAUGUUUAACAAAGGAUAAUAAAUUUGUUCAAUUAUUUUUUACCUGUAUAACAAAAUGCAAGACCUGGUCUAUGAUUUUGUGUUUAGAGCCUCAAUUUAGAUCAAAUUUUAAUUUGCCUUGUGCUAUUAGUAAUCUUUUAUUUGAUUUUGUUUCUUAAUAUCAAAUUAUGGACUGAAAUUCUUACUAUCCAUUGCAUUGCCAACAAUAUACAAAUUUCAAUUGCAAAUACGUUAUAAUUUACUCUUAUGAAUAACCUGUCAAUCAACAUCAAGACACACAUUUUGGCAAGUUACUUAUUUUUCCUCAAACAGAAAAUUUAAAUAGAAAUCACCUACUUCUCCAUCCUAUAAGUUUAUGUUCACCACAACAAAUUUCUAAUGUUUACAUAAAGUUUACAAAUUUGCACACAAACACAGUACAUGUUACUUCUAAUU